AUGGCUAAUUCUGUGCUUAAUGUAAUUGAUAUAAUAAAUAAGAUUGAAGACAAUGAAAUAGAAAACAUCAAUUAUAAUUUAGUUAUAGAUAACACCUUGGAAAGUAUUACUAAAUUGAGUUCACAUUUAAUGAGUAACAGUGAGACACCUGAAGAUAAAUUAACCAUAGAAAUAGUUAAGAAAGAUGAAUCUUUUGAAUCUCUAACAUUUUUUAACGAAUUUGUAAAAAAAAUUGAUAAUCUCACUCUAGAAGACUUUACAGAUAAGAAAAUAGACAGUUUUAAUUCAACGACACAGUUGUUGAAAAAAUAUUACGAUCUAAAGUCAUGGCGGCCAAAAGGAGGACAUAAUAUAGCAUCUAGAAGAAAUUUUGCUAAAACAACAACUAUAACAAAAUAUCCGUUCCUAGUUAGCAUUAAUGUACAAGGAGAGUUCAUUUGUGCUGGUUCCAUAAUCAGUAAAAAUUUGGUGAUAUCUGCUGCGGCAUGCUUGCAGAGACGUAACAGAACUUUACGAAGAAUUGAUUUUGAUAAGAAAUCACAAAGUUUACUUGGAAAUACAAAACAUGUUGUAGUUUUAGGAUGGGGUACUAUGAGUGAAACUUCUACAAUUUUGCAACAUACAGAAUUUAACCAAAACGCGACAUUAUCAGUAACAGUGCCUACAACAAAGAAAAAAUCAUUUGGUGGUUUUUUAGGACAUCCAGACGAAGAUAUUAAAAAAUACCCCAUAAAAAUUCAAAUAAUAAGAAAUGCAUUACUAUCACAGAGCAAGAAAUUAUUAAAGGAUAUUAUAAAUAAUACUAGCCAUAGUUCUAUACGAUAUAGUGAAAUAAAAAACAAGUCACCAAAGAUGAACGAUGAGACGAAUAUCACAAUACUUAUAAAAGACAAUAAAAUUAAAAGAAUGCACAAUCCUAGUAUUAAUAAUAAAGAUGUUAAGCUUAUUAACAAAAAGGUUGAUGCAAAUGAUAAGAAUAUUAUAAAUUACAAACUACCGGAAAACUAUGAAUCUAUAAGUUUAAGCUCGGAAAGUGAAUAUACUGAAGAACUAAGCAUUGAAAUAGAAGAUCUUAAUAAAGACUUACAUGAAGAAGAUAAUAUUUUUUUACACAAACACAAUGAAAUUAGACAAAUAACGACAAAAGAGAAAUUGAUUGAAAAUAAUUACAUGAAGAAGUCACAAGACAAAAUGUUGCGUAAACAUUUUAUAAAAACGUCAACUCUGACACCUUUCAAACAACUAGGUAUUCAGAGCACUACAACUAACGAAAUGUUCUUAAAACCCUCCACCCCAUGGAUACAAAGUAUCAGAACAGUGUAUGGUUUCUCCAGAAUUGGUUGUAGGGAUGUAGUGGGGCAUGGGAUUAAUGGGUCUGCUAACUACCAGGACGAUGCCCACUUUCCUUUUCCAGCUGUGAGAUUUAAGGAAAACACAAGGGACAUAUGUGCUCUUCGGGAAAAAGAGAGGUGUGAUUGGCGUUGCCUCAGCUGUGAAGAGAAGAAGGCCCUCUACCGCGCGUCCUUCUGCCAGACAUUUGCGGAGUUCAAGGCCCCCACUGGACAAUGGAAGUUCAUCAUGGGCUGGGUGUUUAUAACUACUUCCUUUGGUUUUUGGGCUGCUAUGUUUUUUCACCACUACGUGUAUGAACCGCUGCCGUGUUCGUUCUCUGAAGCCUCCCAGAAGGCCCAACUACGUAGGAUGCUGGAGCUACGAGUGAAUCCCAUCGAUGGCAUCUCCUCCUUAUGGGACUACGAUAAUGAUCGUUGGAAGUGGACACGAGAAUCAAAUAUGAAGUGUGCUGUGGCUAUUGUUCUUGCUCUCAUCGGCUUGUCGCUCGCUCACCCCGCGCCGUCAGGAAUAGGUGGCCUAGCCCUAGCACCAGUUGAAGCUAGAUCCGUCUUCAUCAACCAUGGCAUCACUAUCCCGCGGGUCUCCUCCAUCGUCUUGACCCCCAUAAAGCCACUUAUACAACCUGUCGUCAAAGUCCCAGUAGUUUCCAUUGUAAAACCCCUUUGGGCU